UCGCGCGGCUCUGCGAAGGGGCGAGCACGGCACCACAAGCCCGGCCAGCCCGCACACACACGCACAGCCCCCCCGGCCCCCCGGCCCCCGUGUUCUCAUGCUGGAUUUUCCCAGGCCAUGAAUAAUCUCGAAGCCCCCUCGAUAAAAACACGUCCAGGGAUGCCCGGAGCUCACUCAACCCGCCAGCCUCGCCGACGACAAACGGGCACGGGCCGGAGCCGAGGAGCCGCGCCGCCGCACCAUGAAGUUUUUGGGGGGCUGCUGGGGCCGCGCCGCGGCCGCCCUGACGCCGCCGCUGCUGCUGCUGCUGCUGCUGCUGCCGCUGCUGCCGCCGCCGGCCGCCGCCGCGGCGCUGCCCGGCGACUCGUCCGGGGAGGCCGAGCUGGAGGAGGCGCCGGCGGCGGCGCGGCGGGCGGCGCUGCCCGACUGCGAGGCGCUGGCCUGGCUGCUGCACACCCGGGCGGCGCGGCUCCAGGAGGAGGUGGGUACGGGCCGGGGCCCGGGGCGCGCACCGACACACGGGCAGGCACGCACGGCCGGCAAGGUGCGCUGAAACCUCCCGCCGUCUCUCCCCAGAUGUGCGAGAAGUUUACCGUCUGCGAGAACAGCAUGGAAAUGCUCGUCCAGAACAACCUCAACCUCCCCAAGGUGACGGAGGAAGAUGGGUGUCUCCUCUCCGGCUUCAACGAGGAGAGGUGCUUGAGGAAGCUCUCCAGCGGGCUUUUCACGUUUCAGACCUACCUUGAGUACGUGCAAGAAACUUUUACUAGUGAAAGGCAAAAAGUUGAAUCGCUCUGCUAUAGCACGAAGCAUCUGGCAACUACCAUAAGACAGAUGGUGAUAAAUCCUGAUGAAGUGAUCAUCCCAGACUCAGCUACCCAGAAGUCCCUUCUUGCAAAGCUGAAGUCAGAUAAGACCUGGAUAGAGAAGAUCACCACACACCUUAUCCUCCGAGACUUUACUUCGUUUAUGGAGAAAACUGUGAGGGCUGUUCGCUAUUUGAAAAACACCAGGAGUAUCAGUGUUUGAAUGUUUUAAUUCAGGCACAAUCCUUUGUUACAAAUUUGUCAUGUGGCAGAUGACAGUGUUGUUCUGUUUUAAGAACCAGAAAUAGUAACAAUGAUUUGCAUUUAUAUAUAUUCUCAUUUCCUUCUAGGAACCUAUUUAUUAUAUUUAAAAUAUUUAUUCAUUUCUAAUGUUGCCUAUUUAUAUUUUCAAUAUUUAGUAAAUAACUUAAACAGAAGACAUUUUAUUUCAUUUCUAACAGUAUAUUCAUAAUAUCAAAUGAUUUAAUACAUAUUAAACAAAAAAUUAAUUUUGAAAGUUAAAAAUAUUGUUGUAUAACUUAUGCUUUUGAAGUAUUUGAGAGAUUGUAUUUAUGAUCUAUUUAUAUUUUUAGAAGAAAUAAAAGCUGAUUAAAAAACU